AUGGAAUCUAGCCGCUACCAAAUGUAGAUAUAGAUGCAGCCAUAGAAGGAUAUGUGUGUGUUGGGAGUUGGAUCUGUACAAUUCGAAAACUAAAAAGAAAGGGUUAAUGGCUGUGCAUUGCAGUAUAAAUUUGCAGGUUUGCAUUUGAUGAUUAAGACUUGAGCAAGUAUGUUUGUUGCUUGAACAUUUAUCAGGACUUCAUUCUUCACAUCUUGCAUUGUCAUGGCCCAAGAAGCUCAACGAAAAAACAACUUCUCCGUUUCUGUUCACACUAAUGGACUUACUAAACCCUCACCACUGACCAGCAAACCUGCAGCUUCCAGAAAAUUAGUCAUUAAAAAUUUUAAAGAUAAGCCAAAACUCCCCGACAACUACACCCAGGAUGCAUGGCAGAAGCUCCAUGAAGCAGUGAGUGCAAUAGAAAGUAGUACAUCCAUAAAAUACAACCUUGAGGAACUUUACCAGGCAGUUGAAAAUUUAUGUUCGUAUAAGGUUUCUCCAACACUUUACAAACAACUUCGUCAAGUUUGUGAAGAACAUAUGAAGGCCCAGAUACAUCAGUUCAAAGAAGAUUCUCUUGACAGUUUUUUGUUUUUAAAAAAAGUGAACAGGUGUUGGAAAGAUCAUUGCAGACAAAUGAUCAUGAUCAGGAGUAUCUUCCUUUUCUUGGAUCGGACAUAUGUGCUUCAGAACUCUAUGCUUCCAUCAAUAUGGGAUAUGGGAUUGGAUCUUUUUCGAAGUCACGUUAUCAACGACCAGCUGGUUCAGAAUAAGACAAUAGAUGGGAUUUUGCUCCUCAUUGAAAAGGAGCGCUCUGGAGAAACUGUAGACAGAAGCUUGUUACGAAGUUUACUUGGCAUGCUGUCAGAUUUACAAGUAUAUAAAGAUGCAUUUGAAGUUAAGUUUUUGGAGGAGACCAAUUGUUUGUAUGCUGCUGAAGGACAAAGGUUGAUGCAAGAAAGGGAGAUCCCAGAAUAUCUUCAUCAUGUGAACAGACGCUUAGAAGAAGAGGUAGACAGAGUCGUUAUGUAUUUGGACCUUGGGACACAUAAACCGCUGAUUGCUUGUGUGGAGAAGCAGUUACUGGGAGAACAUUUAACUGCUAUCUUGCAAAAAGGUCUGAAGAAUUUGCUGGAUGAAAAUAGAAUAUCAGAACUGACGCUAAUGUACCAGCUCUUCAGCCGAGUGAAAGGGGGUCAAGCCAUCCUGCUACAGCACUGGGGCGAGUACAUUAAAUGUUUUGGGAGUUCAAUAGUUGUGAAUCCAGAAAAGGAUAAAGAUAUGGUACAAGAGCUCUUGGACUUUAAGGGUAAAGUGGACCAAAUAAUAGAAGUCUGCUUCCAGAAAAAUGACAAGUUUGUUAAUAUGAUGAAGGAAUCAUUUGAAACAUUUAUCAACAGAAGAGCAAACAAACCAGCAGAACUUUUAGCAAAAUAUGUCGAUUCCAAGCUCCGCUCUGGAAACAAAGAGGCAACAGAUGAAGAGCUGGAGAGGAUUCUUGAUAAAAUUAUGAUCAUUUUUAGAUUUAUCCAUGGCAAAGAUGUGUUUGAGGCUUUUUACAAAAAGGAUCUAGCUAAAAGACUACUGGUAGGAAAAAGUGCAUCAGUGGAUUCAGAGAAGUCUAUGUUAUCUAAACUCAAACAUGAAUGUGGUGCGGCAUUUACUAGUAAACUAGAAGGGAUGUUUAAAGACAUGGAGCUUUCCAAAGAUGUCAUGGUUCAGUUUAAGCAGUAUAUGCAGAAUCACAGUGACCCUGGAACCAUAGACUUGACUGUGAAUAUCCUAACAAUGGGAUACUGGCCACAUAUACCACCCAUGGAUGUUCAUUUACCAGCAGAGAUGGUGAAACUCCAGGAAAUCUUUAAGACAUUUUAUUUAGGGAAGCACAGUGGCAGAAGGUUACAAUGGCAAACAACACUGGGACAUGCCGUCCUGAAGGCAGAGUUUAAAGAAGAGAAAAAAGAGCUGCAAGUUUCUUUGUUUCAGACCCUUGUGCUGCUGAUGUUUAAUGAGGGAGAAGAAUUCAUCUAUGAAGAGAUUAAAUUGGCUACUGGAAUAGAGGACAGUGAACUGAGAAGAACAAUACAGUCUCUUGCAUGUGGAAAAGCAAGAGUUUUAAAUAAGACUCCAAAAGGCAAAGAUGUACAAGAUGGUGAUAAAUUCAGCUUCAACGGAGACUUCAAGCACAAACUGUAUAGAAUCAAGAUUAACCAGAUACAAAUGAAAGAGACUGUGGAAGAACAAGUUAAUACAACAGAGCGGGUUUUCCAAGACAGGCAGUACCAGAUUGAUGCAGCAAUUGUACGCAUUAUGAAGAUGAGGAAAACACUCAGCCACAACCUUCUUGUGUCUGAGCUGUAUAACCAGCUGAAAUUCCCUGUAAAGCCUGGAGACCUGAAGAAAAGAAUUGAAUCCCUCAUAGACAGAGACUACAUGGAAAGGGACAAGGACAACUCAAAACAGUACAACUAUCUGGCAUAAGGAGCAAGGACUAUAGUACUGUGUAGUAAUUGCAUAGGGCGCAAAGCUACAUUGGUCAGAUACUAAGCUUAUGUAAUAGCACUGGUGUGAGGGAAAUAAAGUCCCCUGUCCAUAAUGAGCCUUAGUUAUAAUCAAUUAGAAGUUUCUUUAAAUAUUUAUAUCAUUUUGUGUGACUGCUUUAAGGUUUAUUUGUUUCUAGUUUUUCAAUGUAAGUUAAAUCCCUUUCUCUCUCAGCAUCUGUAAUUCAUUUUUCAUUCUUUACAUUUUGUUUUCUCUUUAAAUAUUCCUAAAAAUUCUGCCUAUGUUAAACAUGCUGUAUCAUCUACUUUAUGCUGCAAUAAUAUUGACCCAGAGGAUUACAAUGCAGGAAUUCUAUAAUAUGGUUGUUUUGGGAAAUAGCUCAGAUUAAAAAAAAAAAAAAAAAAUGAAA